AUGUUGGACUCCUCCACUGGCGCCGACACUGCCGCCCUGGCCGAUAAGGGCACCUCCUUGCACAACGUCUACGGCUCUUUCGAAGCUCAUCCAAUCGUGUUCCAACGAUGGGCCGCCGCCCUGCCGAAGUGGUUGUCGACUGGCGACAUGGUCAUUCUCCCCCAUAGAGUUAUCCGAGGUCUCAACCCCCAAGCCGUCAACGCCGCACUUGAUGACAUUGGCAAGGGUGGCGGGGUAAGGUAUGUCGUCCAGACGAGAGGGACGGGGACGACAGGGCUCCCCGAGGCAUAUGGGGCGAUGGGCAAGAAGAGGCACAGCAAGGACUAG